AUGGAACCUCCUCCGUGGUGUGUAGUCAUAGCUCCUCCCAACCUCUCGCCGGAUCCCCCAGCAGAACACUGGGAACCGGGUGUGUUUGCGAACAAAAUGCCCUUCCUUGUGGGAGGGAAAAAAAUUAGACGUUUCCCUCUGUCUAUUGCUUGUGAAAGCUUAGACGAUGCGGUACGCAUCGAUGAUUGCCUUAAUCCUUUUGUCGCUGCACACGCAAACGAUCCCCUACCGAUCUUCUUGAAUACUCUCGCCCAUCAAGAGGAAUGGAAAAAUGUUGUGGAAUCGCUAACCGUUCCUGGACGUAAUUUCUGGGCAGUGAUCCUAGGCUCCUGGAUAGGCAUCUUCUAUAACCGGGAACGGGUGGAAGCAAACCUUCGCGCUGCACCCAGGGCCAAAUUACGAAGAGCAAUCAAAUUCGAGAGCAUUCACAUGGCAUUGGCCUGUCAGUUGAGUGGCGGGGAAGACAGAACUGGUGAAAUACAAGAACUUUCACGCUGCUCACCCCAACCAUAUCGCAAGGCCAAACAGGCGAUCCCUUCAACUCCAGAAACACCGCUUCCAUUGUUAGGGCGUGGAAGCUCAGCUUGCCUGGAGAAAGUUAUGGAGAGACUUGAAAUUGACUCAGGUAAUAUCCUAUACGCACUCCCUGUAUCUACCAUCAACAUCCGAUCAACAGCUGCCAAUCUCUCCCCAUCGGCCAGUUCAAGCAGGGGAAAAAGAAAGGCUGAUGUAGGGGUGGUACUUUCACCCCUCCUGUCUCAAUAUGUGAAACUCCAUCAUGACGCCGAGACAAAAUUUGCCAUUGAAUGCGCCCUGAGGAACUGCAAGAGGUUGGAGGAUUUUGGGGAUGAAAUGCUCCUCGCUAAUGUUUCCAAAGAGAAUUCACUAACUAUGAUACUCUAUACUACAUCGGUGCUCCCUAAAAGAAACGUAACGACGUCCGUACUACAGACAGAGCCUACGCCGGGCUCUGUCGCUUUGAUAAAACCCUAUCGUGAGUACUCCCUCACGGCGUCGGCGAUGACAAGGAUCGAGGAGAUCUUUGGUCUCAAUGGCGGAGAGCCCAGUCCUUUCAAUGCGGGGAAUGAGGCAUAA